UGGUCUUUUCCGCUGGUUCCCUCAUCGCCUGCCCGGCUCUCCGGCUCCGGUGACAUCUCCCAGGCCCGGGCGCUGCCCUCGCUCCCUGCCCCGGGCUGUCCCCUCCCUCCCCCCGCGGCCCUGAGCGCUCCCCAGUCCGGACUCCCCCAUGUAUGACGACUCCUACGUGCCCGGGUUUGAGGACUCGGAGGCGGGUUCAGCAGAUUCCUACACUAGCCGACCAUCUUUGGACUCUGACGUCUCCCUGGAGGAGGACAGGGAGAGUGCCCGACGAGAGGUGGAGAGCCAGGCUCAGCAGCAGCUGGAGAGGGCCAAGCACAAACCAGUGGCAUUUGCUGUGAGGACCAAUGUCAGUUACUGUGGGGUGCUGGAUGAGGAGUGCCCUGUCCAGGGCUCUGGAGUCAACUUUGAAGCCAGAGACUUCCUGCAUAUCAAAGAGAAAUACAGCAAUGACUGGUGGAUUGGGAGGCUAGUGAAGGAGGGCGGGGACAUUGCCUUCAUCCCCAGCCCUCAGCGUCUGGAAACCAUCCGCCUCAAGCAGGAGCAGAAGGCUAGGAGAUCUGGGAACCCCUCUGGUGACAUUGGCAACCGCCGUUCCCCUCCCCCAUCUCUAGCCAAACAGAAGCAAAAGCAGGCUGAACAUGUGCCCCCAUAUGAUGUGGUACCCUCCAUGCGGCCCGUGGUGCUUGUAGGGCCUUCCUUGAAAGGCUAUGAGGUCACAGACAUGAUGCAGAAGGCACUCUUCGACUUUCUCAAGCAUCGAUUUGAUGGCAGAAUCUCCAUUACUCGAGUUACAGCUGACCUCUCUCUAGCUAAGCGUUCAGUGCUCAACAACCCAGGCAAGAGAACUAUAAUUGAACGUUCCACAGCCCGAUCCAGCAUUGCUGAGGUGCAGAGUGAGAUCGAGCGGAUCUUCGAGUUGGCCAAGUCCCUGCAGCUGGUAGUGCUGGAUGCCGACACCAUCAACCACCCUGCCCAGCUGGCUAAGACCUCUCUGGCCCCCAUCAUCGUAUAUGUCAAAGUGUCCUCACCCAAGGUGCUUCACCGGCUGAUCCGCUCCCGGGGAAAGUCACAGAUGAAACAUGUGAAUGUUCAGAUGAUGGCGUACGACAAGCUGGUACAAUGCCCACCAGAAUCUUUUGAUGUGAUCCUGGAUGAAAACCAGCUGGAAGAUGCCUGUGAGCACCUGGCUGAGUAUUUGGAAGUGUACUGGAGAGCUACCCACUACCCAGCCCCAGGGCCUGGCCUGCUAGGCCCACCCAGUGCCAUCCCAGACCUUCAGAACCAGCAGCUGCUCGGGGAGCGAGGAGGAGAGUGCUCACCCCUGGAGCGGGACAGCCUGAUGCCUUCAGACGAGGCCAGUGAGAGCUCCCAUCAAGCUUGGACUGGAUCUUCUCAGCGCAGUUCUCACCACCUGGAGGACGAGUACACUGACGUCUAUCAAGACCUGUACCAGCCACAUCGUCAGCACACGUCAGGGCUGCCUAGUGCCAAUGGACAGGACCCUCAAGACAGGCUCCUGGCUCGGAAUUCGGAGCAUAAUUACAAUGAAAGGAACUGGCAACGCAACCGACCUUGGCCUAAGGACAGCUACUGAACUCCUUCCUCAUGCCCUGCCUGGGUCUGUCCAAGGGAGAGGAAUGGGAAAUGGGAAUAGCAGGGCACGAGCUAACUGGCAGGUUGGAGUUAAGCUAGCAUUAGGCUGGCACUAGGCUUAGCCCCCUAGGUCCCCUUGCCCAGCUCUGGAUCCCAAUAUUCCAGGAGCUCUAGGUGGCCCUUUGACCUUCUGGGCUAAGGACCCCCAAUGCUCUCCACUUUCCAAGUACUAGCUGUAUACGGUUCUGUACCCCUGGCACCUUCGUCCUCUCUCCUGCACAAGCUGCCCUCAUUGGGCAGCACCCUCAAGUCCAAGAUUCCUGUAGAAAUGGCUUUCCAUUUCUUCCAGGCUCAGGAAAGGGAUGUCCCCCCUAAAGGUGACUGGGAGAUGAGGAGGGGCCAAGGCAAGAGAUAGUGCCAAGGUUGGAGAGCGUAAGGGUCCCAUUGCUCCAUCAGCCAAGGGAUUCAGAUUUUGGGGUCCUCCAGGACCCCUCUCAGACCUGAAACCACACAUAGGAAAUCAGACAAUCACCCCAUAUCCACACCUGAAUUAUGCUUAUAUUCAUCGAUUCAGUCAGCGAGGUGUGGGGGUUGGGUAGGGGUAGAGAUGACAAGAGCAAUCGGCAAAUUAUGUUGAGGAGAAAGGACCAUUUGGAAAUCUUGGGGUGGAGUAGACAAUCAGGUCCUCACAUUUUUUAGGAUUCUCCCAAUCUGAAUGUUCCCCCUCCCAGAACUGGGCUCUGAGGGGAAGUGGGAACAAGGAUGCAGAGGUCAAACAAGGUUUGGGGGACGGGGAGGAGCAGCAUGGAGAAGAUCGAACACUUCUUCGGGCCCCUCGUCUGCCCCUGAAUCUCCUUUAAGUUCUUCUCUGCACAGUCAUGACCAACAUGGGCCAUGGACCCCCCCAGCUUUCCUUCCUGCCUCAUCUACAUACCUAUUUAAGUUACAGUUAGGCUGGGGGAAGAGAAAAGGAGCAGAGGUGGGGAAUCUCUUCUAGCUUCUGGGCAUCCUAACUGCAUCUGUCCCACAUGGCUGUAUCGCUGAGACCGUGCCUGCCAUGGUCAUGGCCGCCACCCUGCUGUCAUCACCAAUAAACGCCACGUACUGCCCCACUGCA